AUGCCGGACCAGGCCACCAAUCGGACGAACACCAAGGAUAUUAAGAUGAAGAAUCAGACUGGCACCAAGGAUAUCGAGCCGAAAACAGAAAAUCAAACCCAGAUCCAACUCGAUCAAGCCCAGAUCAAACUCGAUCCCGGCAAAGAACCAGACGCUAAACUCCCGAUCUGGCCGACUGAGAGCGUCGAACAACGAGAUCAGCCGGCAGAAGGAGCUACAGCGACCACCCCACAGGAUGCCGAGGACGAUGAGGAGGUAUACUACCAUGACAGUGGUGACCUCUCAGCGGAAAAUCUUGAAGGAAAUCUCGCUGUCCUCCCCGAAAUCCUGAUCUUGACGACUGCGAAGGUGAGCAUUGAGGAUCCACAGGUAGGAGACUCCGGAUCGGCCACACCCGAGGAGAUCAAGAGGCUUCGGCAGAUAAUCUGGAAGAAGCGACAUCUGCUGAUCGGCAAAGGGAACGCCUUACCCCCGGCGGCCAAGGGCGUCGUAUGCGAUAUCGAUGUUGGAAACGCGAAGCCGAUCGCACCGCGAACCCGGAAAGUGCCCACGCGAUUCCACGAAAAGGUCGCAGGCCUUGGGAACGCCUUACCCCCAGCGGCCAAGGGCGUCGUAUGCGAUAUCGAUGUUGGAAACGCGAAGCCGAUGGCACUGCGAACCCGGAAAGUGCCCACGCGAUUCCACGAAAAGGUCGCAGGCCUGAUCAAGGGCCUCCUGGCAGCCGAGAUCUUCCGACCCUCGACAUCGCCAUGGGCCUCAGCGAUCGGGAUAGUUCGCAAAAGCAACGGUGUGGAUUCAGAAGAUCUUGAUAAAGCACUAUGUCGCAUGCCUUUUGGCCUAAAGAACGCCCCGCAGAUUUAUCAACGUCUCGUAUACAACGCGCUGUAUGGAUUUUUGAAGGUCUCGCGAUCUGGCGACGCUGGGGCUACAGCGGCCGUGUUCCAGACAGGCAUCGCGGACGAUCCUGAUCGCGAAGUGGAGGAUCUGUUGAAAGCUUGUGAUAAGUGGGAUUUGUGGAUCGGUGUAGCCAAGAGCUUUUGGGGCAUGAAUAAGUCGUUCCUGGGUAGUCUGAAUUACUACAGCCGAUUCAUUGAAGAUUACGCUAUCUAUGCUUCGGUGCUCUAUGAAUUACGCGAGGUAGAGUUUACAGAACUGGAGAAGCGACCGGAUCUGAGGGAGAUCAUGGACCGGAACGACACGAUUCUUCGAGAUCACGACCCACCGGAACCGCAGUUGACGGGAACUGUGGACGAGAGGACGCGAGAUCCGGGUCCUAACGAGGCAUUCUACGUUGACCUGGGUGUUCAAGUCGACGGGAUUACAAGGUCGCCUGGGGCAAUGGUCUGCCUUCCUGGCCCCAUGGACACUCGAGAUCACGAAGUGCACAAAGGGCGCGUUCAGUUCAGCGCGAUCGUGUGGAGUCUGCCCGGAUGGGAGGUGGUCAAGGUCAGAUCAGGCUAUCUCGAGAGCCUCACCGUGACCGAAGCCGAAUAUAACGGCCUGAUCCUGGGGCUCGACAUGCUAGAGAGCUUAGAUCGCAGACGUUUGGUGGUCUGCGGGGAUUCCAACGUAGUGAUCCGACAAAGGAAGGGAGUGAUCAUGAGUUGGUUCACGUCAAGAGGGACUGGAACGGAAGCGCCGACAGUCUACACUUUGCAACGCCAAGGAGGGAUCGAGGUCCAGGAGAUGCCCGGGUACCAAGAUCUGGUCACCCUGAACCGGUUAGACGAAAUCUUGAUUCCCAAGACCGGCAAUCCAGAGAUGCGACUUGCUGCGGUUACCACUCGAGCUGGUCGAGCGAGAUCACCUGCGGGUGUCAUGCAAGAGGAUCUGAUCCGGGAGAUCUGGGUCGAUUGGAUCAAGCAAGCCCAAGAGGAAGAAGUUUGGAUCGCCGGUAUGAAGAAGUAUCUGAGUGGCUCGAUCGCAGAUCUCACUCAAGCGGAAGCAAGAUCGUAUGGUAAGAUCGCGGCCGACUACGAGGUGGACGAGCAGAAUCUACUUUUUUACUGCCCCCCGACGCCGAGAUCGGGAGACGAUCGCGACCGAUUGAUGAGAUUGGUGGUUCCCGAAACGCUACAGUCGGACGUCUAA